UAUACUUUUUAUUUCAUGGGCUCAUAUACAGAAGUUGAAUGAAGUCAACAGACAAGUGCAAAUGCCUGUAAUGCCUAACUUUCGAGAUCACUUUUUACCAACUUUUGCACAAAGAGGAGUACCUAAAAUGUUUUUGCCAACUCGGAGAGGUAUACCUAGAAAGAAAGAUCGGUUUCCUAGAAAGGAAGAAAACAACCCUAAAGCUAUCGACCAAACUCCAAACGAAGCCGAGUGUGGAGCACAUGAGGAAAAAGAGGAUCUGCAGAACAUGCCAUUCCAAAAAAGAGUACCUCAUGACCGAGACAGAAGUAAAAAUACCGCUCGUAACAUGGUAACAUCUGAAGAUUGGUGGACGUCUACAAAACGUAGUAAAGACAGCUAUAGUCUUGUUGAUCCCAAUAAAUUAAAACUAACUAAGCCUGAUGAUGUCGACAGCAUAAAGCUUGGACGAGGAAGAUCGCUGCGAAGUUCGAGUGGAAGUGAAACUGACAGUAGUUCUGGCUCUUCCAGUACUGAGAGGGCAGCAGCUGAAAACACUGAAAUAUCUGAAGAUGGCUUGAUGUCUUCUAUAAAAAAUGAAAACAGCUAUCGCAAUGUUGAUCCUAAUAAACUAAAACUGACUAAGCCUAGUGAUGUUGAGAGCAUAAAGCCUGGUCCAGAAAGAGCGAUGCAGAGUUUGGGUGGAGAUGAAACUGGUGGUAGUGCAGGUCCUUCUAAACCUGAGAAGGCAGCAGAUCAAAAAUCUGAAUUGUCUGAAGUGGACGGGAUAUCUUCUACAAAAAGUAAAAGUGGCAAUGAUGAUCCCAAUACAUUAAAACUGACUAUGCAAUUAUCUACUGCAACAAGCAAUACACCUCAUGAUACGAAUACGCAGGCUGCUGCAGCUCAACCAGAAAAGUAUCCUAACUCUGGUGGAAUGCCUACUGCUCAGCAGCACUAUCAAUGGAUGUCUGGUCCAACAUAUAAUCCUCAACCUGCUACUUUAGGCUACUAUACAGCUCGAAGUAGCGUGCCCCGAACUAUACCAAACAUGGGUAUGACGCCAUUGCAAAUUGUAGUCAACCAAGCAGGGCAACAACCAACAUCUCACUAUGGACAGAUACAGAUGUUACCUCCCUUUUCUCAUCCCAUGCAACCAGUCAUUGUGAAUCCCCAAUUUCAACAAAUGGUUCAUACUUCUCUCCUUUUAAUAAUCAUUUUCUACUUGCAUAUUUUAUUUGGUAUUCCAUGAGUGAAACUUCAUAGUACUAUAGAAAACAUCUUUUUAAUAAUUUAUUUUCACCUGAAACUUGGACUACAAUUGCUACAAUAAUUGUGUGUCAAUUUCGUUGCAAAUCUCAAGUUAUUUGAUAUUCCAUGAGUGAAACUUCAUAGUAUUAUGGAAAACAUCCUUUUAAUAAUUUAUUUUCACCUGAAACUUGGACUACAAUUGCUACAAUAAUUGCUUAAUUUGUGCCAAUUUCGUUGCAAAUCUCAAGUUAUUUUUCGACUGUUAUUACAGCGCCUUUCAAAAU